UUGCCAGCGAUGAGCAUUGCGUGGGCAAGGGCUGGGGGUGGCGCCCCGCGGCCAUGGCGGCGUCUCCGAUUGAUCUCGCCGCCGGCGCGGCCGCCAAUGCUGCCGCCAUAGCUGCGAGCUCGGGAUUUCCAAGUCAAAUCGGCCGCGCCGCGGACGGAUUUCCAGAUAGGUACAUUGCCUGGACCCGAUCUGGAGGGCAGUAGGCCCCGAUCCAGAGAGGAGCUGGCACACAGGGUCCCGCACGGCGCUGUUCUUGAGCUCAAACAAGGUAGGCAAGCAGUGGAUUGAUGGAGAUUGGUUUAGCGGUACUGGCAUAGAUUUCCCUUCUUUCACCACGGUAGUAGUAGUGGUGGUACUAGGUAUUUCCAUCCCAUCCCACAUUUUCACUGCUCUCUCUCUUUCUCUCUUUUGUUCUUCUUGAGAGGGUGGUUUAGAAGUUCCAUUCGCUGGUUUGGCUGUUCCCGUUGGCUGUCCAAAUCGGGGGGGCGCUCGCUCGGCUCUUUCGGAUGAGACGUGCCAUCAUCGGUUUCUCUGUCACGGCCACAUUUGGGGGCAAUGGGAUUGAAAAUUGGACAAGUUGGGGCGUGGAGGCCAUGGAAAGGCUUUUAGCAGCAGUACGUAAGAUGUGAGCCAGGCUCUUCCCGGCUCCUUUCGGCAAAUUGGUGGCGGAAUUUACAAGUCGGGGCUCGGGGGGGUGAUGCGGCGGCAGCGGUAGUGGGUGUAGUAGAUCAGAAGGAUUCGGCACUAGUUUGAUCCGGUGGGCGUUGCUCGUCACAGAUUUAUGUGGUCCCCAAGCACUCGAGCUCGCAAACUACUGUCUGUACGAGCAUGUCUCACGCACAGGCGGAUGGCAAGAAGCUGGGAGGAUCGUACGAGGCGCUGGAUCCAUUCGCCAAGUUGAAGCCCCAGGCGAACGGAGCGACGAGGGCCACGUUUUCCGGGGAGGCCGUGCCAGAUUCGUCGUCCAGGCCAGCGUCGACAAACUUCUUCUUUGGAGUACCCAGGCUGUCCAGCAGCAAUAAUGCUGGUAACAAUCCGGGGAGAAGCGGAGUUGCCAAGCAUGGAAGUUUGGACGCAGCAAAGUCGGAGGACUCCGCGGUGCUGAAUCUCGCCUCGGAUAGCUUCACCUUUAAGCAUGACACCGAAAGCUUGGAUGCGUUUAAAUCACGGGGAGCUUUUCCGACUGGCAAUGUUGUGGAAGGCUUGCCACGGCAAAAGAGAAGUGGGGAGCUUCCCCGCGGGAGUAGCUCCAGUUCCGGCGACAGUCCGAUGUUCGACAUGUCGAGGCCUGCGAGGAAGAGUGGCGAGCUCUCUCGAGUAAGCAUCUCCAGUGGUGCGAGCUUUAGUGGCGAGAUACCUCGCGCGAGUCUAUCCAGUUCUGGGGAGAUCGCAGACGGCUUUCGAUCUCAGAGGAGAGUUGGAGAGGUCCCUCGUGGAAGUAACUCCAGCGGUAGCUCCAGUGGAGAGAGUCCGACUGUGGAGGGUCAUCGAGGGACGGCCAACAGGAAAAGUGGAGAAAUCUAUCAUGGGAAUUCCAGUGGUGGUAGCUCCAGCGGUGGAAGUCCAACACCGGAGAUAUUUAAUAGGGGCAGGAAAAAUGGAGAGGGUGGUGCUCAUGGAAGCAACUCAAGCGCAGGGAGUUCCGAUGGUGGAAGUCCUACAGCCGAGAGCCUUUGGGGUGGCAAAGGUGGCCCGGUUCUAAAUACUGGAAUGGUGACUGGUGGGAGCUUCUCAACCUUUAAUGCUGUAGCUAAUGGUGGGGGUAGUACUACUGCCAUGGACAAUGGAUCCAUAAAGAAGGAGAAGCCGGGUGGCAUCCUCAAGACGCAAAAUGGAGGAGAAUCCAAUGGAACCAGGUUGAACGCGAAUCCGGCACCUACGUCGAGUAGAUUUUUGGUCGGGGCAGCGUCCCCGGCAGAGCUCAGAACUGGGAUCAAGCUCACAGGGACAACGAACACUUCUGCUUACAAGAAAGUUUCUUAUGUUGACGGAGGCAGGGCAGGAGAAAGUCAAGGUAUACGGAACAUUGUUCCGGGUGGCGAGAGCAGGAGCAACGUUUCAGCUGAAGAUGUCAAGAAUUCGGGAAAUGCUGAGUACAAGAAGGGAAACUUUGCAAAGGCACUCUCUCUAUAUGACCGGGCCAUUUCCUUGUGUCCCGACCAGGCUGCCUACAGAUGCAACCGAGCCGCCGCAUUGGCUGGGCUCAAUCGUGUUGGGGAAGCGGUGCAAGAAUCAGAGAUGGCACUGAAACUGGACUCCUCUUUUAGUCGGGCGCACCAGCGACUUGUUUCUCUACUCUUAAGACUUGGACAAACAGAACAAGCUAGAAAGCAUCUCAAAGGAUCCGGUCAGCAGAAUGAAACAGGAGAUAGUCAAAGGAUCACUUUGAUAGAAAGGAGGCUGACGAACUGUUUCGAAGCAAAGAAGUUGAAAGACUGGAACGCUGUUCUCCGAGAAUGUGAUGCUGCAAUUGUUGCCGGGGCCGAUUAUUCCUUGCAGGUGUACGUUUUAAAAGCGGAAUCCCUGCUGAAGCUGCAAAGGUUAGACGAAGCAGACGCAGCACUGGCUGCCGCUCGACGAGUAGAAGACGCGUCUCCCAGAUCUACAAAAGUAGAAUUCAGCAACAAUCUUGUUGUGUUGCUAGCGCAGGCUGACAUGGCCCAAGGCAGGUUUGAAGAAGCCGUAGCUAUUACAGAGCGGGCUGCCCGUCUCGAUCCCCAAAACUUCGAAGUUUCCUCUUUACUGAGGAAAGCACGUACAGUGUCGAAAGCCCGGGCGGCGGGUAAUGAUUUUUUCAAAGCUGCGAAGUUCUUCGAAGCGUGUGCCGCUUAUACCGAAGGCCUGGAGCUUGAUCCUGCGAACGCAAUCCUUCUCUGCAACCGUGCUGCUAGUCGGUCCAAGCUCGGACAGUGGGAGAAAACUUUAGAGGAUUGCAAUGCAGCUUUGCAAGUCCAGCCCAAGUACAUGAAGGCGCUUCUGAGACGGGCUCAUUCGUAUGCCAAGCUUGAGCGGUGGGAGGACGCGGCAAGAGAUUACGAGGCGAUAAGACGUGAGCAUCCCGGAGAUGUGGAGGUUGCGCAGGCUCUUUUCGACGUGCAAGUGGCACUCAAGAAAUCACGCGGUGAAGAAAUAUCGAGAACACAUUUUGGGGGAGGUGUAGAAGAAGUGUUUAGAAACGACCAAUUCAGGGAAGCAAUCUCCUGUCCCGGCUUGUCGGUGGUGGAGUUUACGACGCGGUGGAGCGAUAGAUGUCGCCAGUUUUCCACCUUUGUCGAGGAGCUGUGCAGACGAUAUCCGUCUGUGAAUUUCUCGAAGGUUGAUGUCGAUGAUAGCCCGUACUUGGCACAGUUGGAAAGCAUAAGCUCGGUGCCAACCUUUAAGAUUUUCAGAAACGGUGUCAACGUGAAGGAGCUUCUCGGCCCCAGCCAACAGGGGCUGGAGCAAGCUGUGAAGCAGUGUGGUGGCGUUUGAAAGCUCCAGAGCUCCACAUCAUUUUUUUUUUCCAAUUCUCUGGUGGUGGUGCUAGGCUACAUCAAGACAACGCAGAAAGUCUCAAUUCAAGCGAGCAAAGCAGGCAAGCAAGCAUUCAUUUGGCGGAGAGAACACAACACCCUCGAUUUGUAAAAAAAAAGACCUCACGAUUUCUUUUUUGCUUGCUUGCUGCCCGCAUUCUGGGUGUUUUUACUCCUCCCUCUUCUUAGUUUCUCUUCGUCUUUGCUUUCGCUCUUCUCUUCUAGUCGGGAUUUUUUUUUCCUUUCUCUUCAUCGUGUAAUUAUCAGGAUCAUCACAAGGCUGGUGUCACCAACAUGAUCAAGAACAAGACCAACCUCUCCGGCCAAUAACACAGAAAAAAACCAUAGUGUUUAGUU